AUGGUUGAACAAACACUCGCGGGCAAGGUUGCCAUUGUCACGGGCUCAUCGUCUGGUAUCGGCGCGGCCAUUGUACGAGAGCUUUCCUCUCGCGGAGCCAACACAGUCGUCAACUACCCGUUUCCAUAUCUCAAGGAUGAAGCCGAUGCAGUUGUCGCCUCGCUCCCAUCGCCGGCCACCGCUGCGCUUGGCGACAUGUCCAAGGUCGAAACACCGAAGAAACUCGUCGAGGCCGCAUUAGCGCAAUGGAACCGCAUCGACAUCUUGGUCAACUCGGUCGCACUGGCCGUGAAUAAGCCAUUCGAGGAGCAGACGCUGGAGGACUGGGACCUUCUCGUCAACCUCAAUGGUCGGGGGACAUUCCUCAUGACGCAGACUGUUCUACCGCAUCUUACCAAGGGUACCGGGCGGAUCGUGAAUAUCGCGAGUAUAUCAGCCCGAGGCCCGCCGCCGAAUCAGACAAUAUACGCUGGAACAAAGGGGAUGGUGGACUCGUUCACGAAAUGCUGGGCCAAGGAACUCCCUCCCAAAUACGGCUGCACAGUUAACUCAGUUAGUCCCGGACCAACGCGAACAGAAGGUUUUGCGGCGGCCGGAGAGGAGCAGAUGAAGGUUCUUCAGCCAAUUAUUGACCAGACACCCGUGGGCCCCCGAAUGGCACAACCGGAUGAGAUAGCGUACGCAGUGGCAUUUUUGUGCGAGGAGCGGGCGCGGUGGCUUAAUGGGGUGCAUUUGAUUGCAUCGGGGGGGUUGUUCAUCGACUAG